AUGACAUUCAGCAUGACUGGUGUGGCAAAGAGUACUGAAAGAAGGGAGCAAUAGUAAAGAGAGGAACUGGAAAAUCCAAAGAUUUGAAGAGAGAUUAACAGCAUAUUUGACAGGCCAGUCAAAACAAUCGGAGGUAAUCAGUAAAAAAGGCAGGCUUGUGCUUCACAGGGAUGGAAUCAAACCGACUGAGGCAAACCUGGGAAUAUCAGUAACAACUUGUCACAAGUGGAUUUCUCAAACAUGGACUAGUGUGGAAAAUUGGCACACAGACAUAUACAGACGUUCCUCAAUCCAAACAACUGGUUUCCGAGCUGUGACCGGCUGUGGCAGUGGACCAGUGUCAGCAUGCAGGAGUCUCCAGGUGCUAUGGGUGUAGAUGGCAGCUACACCAGCAACGUCCCAGCCUUUCUCACCAAACUGUGGACACUGGUGGAGGACCCGGACACCAACCACCUCAUCUGUUGGAGUGCUACUGGGACCAGUUUCCAUGUGUUUGACCAGGGCCGCUUUGCCAAGGAAGUUUUGCCAAAGUACUUUAAACACAACAAUAUGGCAAGCUUUGUCCGACAGCUCAACAUGUAUGGCUUCCGAAAAGUGGUAAAUAUUGAGCAAAGCGGUCUGGUGAAGCCUGAGAGAGAUGAUACAGAGUUCCAACAUCUGUACUUUCUCCAGGGACAUGAACACAUGCUGGAGCAUAUUAAGAGGAAGGUAUCAAUAGUGAAGAGCGAGGAGACUAAAGUUCGCCAGGAGGAUCUCAGUAAACUGCUGUAUGAAGUUCAGCUUCUGAGAACACAACAGGAGAACAUGGAGUGCCAGAUGCAAGACAUGAAGCAGCAGAAUGAGGUUCUGUGGAGAGAGGUGGUCUCACUGAGACAGAACCACACACAGCAACAGAAGGUCAUGAACAAGCUAAUUCAGUUUCUGUUCAGCCAGAUGCAGUCCAACACACCCGGCACUGUAAGCUUGAAGAGGAAGCUGCCCUUGAUGCUGGAUGAUGGCUCUAUUAGCCCCCCUGCAUCCAAGUUCAGCCAUAGUAACCCAAUGGAGCCAAUGCACGAGCCCUUCUACAUCCAAUCGCCAUCCAGUGAUACUGCCUCUUGCUCUACUAGUGGGCUAACAGGAGGACCAAUCAUAUCAGACGUUACAGACAUGUCUCAGGCCAACAUGGCUCUACAGAUGCAAUCUGAUGAGACCAGGGAGAAAUGUCUGAUGCUGAUCAAAGAGGAGCCCGUGAGUCCAGGAAUGAAAGCAGGAGUGAAAGGAGGCAGUGUUGGUGGGGGAGACACUCUAGCGUUGACCUCCUCCUGCGAGGUGUGCUCCUCAGAACCUCCAGUACUUCCUGUUGCAAUGGUGCAGUCUGUCUUGGAGGGGAGAAGUUCAACUGCCUCAAUGACAGAUAGGAGAAGUAAGAGAGCUGCCGCGGAAAGAGUAGAUGCUUCAGAUGCAGUGGAAAACAUGGAUAUGAGCCUGGAGGACCUGCAGCAGCUGAUACUCAGGAGCCAUCAGCAGAGUACUGUGGAAGCAGGGACCAGUGCUGUGAUUGAUCCCUUCAGUGUAAACCUCCCUCUGACUGAAUGGAGCUUCACUGAAAUGGACUCCAACCUGAAAUCAUAUGUGCUCCAAAACCAAGAACCCGAGGCUUUUCCAGCUUCUACCUGUGAAAAACAGUGAAGAUUGAAAGGCCCGUUUUGAAAUGGAAGGCCACAACACAUCCGACCGUCAUCGCACCCGCAUGAGUUUGAUCCUACAGCCCUGUCAGGCUAUUUAUUUUAUUUGCCUUAUUUGCAUAAUUUUACGAAAUGCAGAAAUGAUCAUCUUUGUGCAGAUUAACUGAAUCAACUAUAUUAAGACUCCUGCUGAUGGAAGUGACUUAUUAUUCCUAUACUUAUUACAAAUACUCACAAGUGAACAUUUGUAUUAUUUAACACAAAAUACUGUGAACAACUAUUUGGGUGUGUGUGCAAAGGGGGUGGGGGUUAUGUUUUGUCUGUAAGAGAAGAUAGUGACGACACAUGCAUUCAAAAUCAUUUUAGGUGUUGAGAUUUAUGCAAGGUAAGUUGGCCUUUAGUAAAAUAGAAGAUUCUACUAUCUGAAUAUGGAAUCAAGCCACUAUAAAAUCCACUGAGAAAUAUUCUUAAAGGGAUAGUUCGGAUUUUUUACAUGAAGUUGGAUGACAUCCCCAUCAGCAGUGUAGUCCAUUUACAGCGACUUACCCCCCACCGGGUCUCCUGAGUGCAGUUCUGGUCGGAUUUUGGUGAUGAAGAACGUAGUUGCUGGGGACAUUUACAGUAAGUAAAGAGUUGGACUUCUCCAAACAAUGUGCGUUCAAAAGAGUAAUACAUUUGCAUCACAAAAAAUGCCUGCUCAAAAAAAUCAGAGAGACAAAUCCGAGCGUUUUGUGAUGUCUGAUUUUUUUGAGAAGGCAUAUUUUUUGAUGCAAACGUAUUACUCUUUUGAACACACAUUGUUUUGAGAAGUCAAACUGUACGUGAAUAUCCCCAACAACAAAGGGGAACCAAAAUCCGACCACAACUGGACUUAGGAGACCAAGUGGUGGGUAAGUUGCUGUUAAUGGACUACAAUGCUGAUUGGCAUGUCAUACAACUUCAUGUCAAAAUAUCUAAACUAUCCCUUUUAGUACAGGUAGGACAUGGUAGGUUUAAUGUCUCUAACACAUGUACAGUACAUGUUGCGUACAGGCCUGACAUGUAGCUAGAACUAGAGUUUUGUCUAUUUAUAUGUAAAACUAAAGGAUAGACUUUUUAAUUUGACUUAAGCAACAACAUCACUGCGUUUUUGCACAACAUAGUUACAUAGCGUUAUGAAUAACAAUGUAGUUUGCAUUACACCUGCUUGUCUGAAGGAGACUCGGACCAUCGUGACAGCAUUAAACCAAAGUGAUAAACAUAUCAAACAGUUAGGCACUGCCAUUCUUAUCUUCAAAAUUGCCUUCUCGUUGACAGUUUUUCAGUACGUUUUUAGUGAGGCGCUUUCUUCAUCUGUUAAAGAACUAGAAAUUCAGGAAAUUAAGAUUUAUUCUUUGGACUAAAAAACAAACAAACACAGAACUGCUCAUAUGUAAUGCCAUUUAUUGUAAAUAAUCACUCCACAAGACUGCAUACAUUGUUUUUGUUUUGUUUUACUUACUGCUUUACACUCUUCAAAGUGAAAUGUGCAAUACUGUACAGAACUGCAAUAUAUGGAUGACCAUGGGAAUGUAGGAAGGAGCAACUGUCAGUGGUGGACUGGGACGCACCUAAGUGAUAUGCAUGCACAGCACAAGAAGAAUGUCUGCUUGUCCAAAACUCUGCAAGGCAGGAGCAAAGUGACUGGAAGGACGAAUUCCAUUUGGCUUUUUUGCAGGGUUCAUCUGAUAAAGCAUUUCGACUGCUGCAUACUGUAAUCUUAUUUUGUCUUACAAUGAAUCCUGUUUGCAAGUUAACUGCAAAUACACUGUUGUCAAAUUAUACCGAAAAUUUGCGAGACCCCUGCUCAAGACGUUUUUGAAGUAGGCCCUGCUUCCCUGUACAUCUUAGCUUUGGUGUAUGACGUUGUGGAAUUGCACUAAAACACAGUUGUAUAUUUGAAAGUGUACAGUACAUUCAAGACAGCAUUUACUUUAGUGUUUUUAAAGGGUGAUUGAUACACACUUACCUGCGGUUAUGUUAUUUUAUUUUGUUUUCAUUUUGAAUCAUUUGCACUGAAAAGUAAUGGAUGUGUGUUAAACUGCUGCUAGAUAGGACAUAUUGGAGCAAACCAAGUGAAUGAUCACUGCUACUGUAAGUUUGGCAACCCCCCCUCAAAAAAGCAUUGUUACACUGUGAAUAGUAAAACCAGAUUAAACACAGCUCCUCCUUGUAACAUUGUUUGGACAAAAGCAGAACUUUUUAUGAUCGAAACGAUGAAACUAUUAAUUUGACCAUAAAUGAUAAAACACUGAUAAUAGUGCUUCAGUGCUUUUAAAAGGUUCAAUAAUCUGCUGCAAAUAUGAUUUUUUUUUGUUUGUUUUGACUUUCAUAAAAAGACUAAAGUGCAAUGUUACAUUGGGUCAAAAAAAGUGGGUAUGCAUUUCACAUGUGGAAUAAACUAUUUAAUAUCAUUUCAU